UACGUUUAGCUGCCGUAAGUGAAUACAGAGUAAACUGUAGAUUGAAUUUGAAUGCCAAAUCUUCUACGUGAACACGAGAGAAUCUUGCCUUCCUCAUGCAAGAAGACGGAAGUAUUAGAGCAACCUCUAGGAUAUGUCCCAUGUUGAUCAUUGACAAGGAGAUUAACCCCUUUGUGGACAAAUGGGAAGAAGAAGGACAGUUCCCAGCACAUAAAGUGUUUAAAACCCUGGGCCAAGCUGGAUUCCUUGGUGUGGAUAAGCCAACAGAAUAUGGUGGAAUGGGCUUGGACUUCUCCUAUAGCAUUGCAGUGGCAGAGGAGCUAGGAAGUAUCCGGUGUGGAGGUAUCCCUAUGGCUAUUGGGGUGCAAGCUGGUAUGGCCACUCCUGCGCUAACAAGAUUUGGUUCUGAUGAGUUGAAAAAACAGUUCCUCACACCAACUAUAUCUGGAGAUCUUGUGGCAUGUUUGGGAAUCAGUGAACCUGGAGCUGGAUCAGAUGUUGCAAGUAUCAAGACAACAGCCGUGAGAAAAGGUGAUGAAUAUGUCAUAAAUGGUGGUAAAAUGUGGACUACAUCUGGGUGCCAAGCAGACUGGAUGUGCCUGCUGGCAAAUACAAGUGAAGGGCAUCCUCAUCGAAAUAAAUCUCUCAUAUGUCUGCCGAUGAAUCUACCUGGCAUUCACAUUACUAAGAAAAUAGACAAACUGGGCAUGAGGUCAUCGGACACAGCUCAGAUCUUUUUUGAAGACGUAAGAGUCCCUAGCAAAAACCUAAUUGGUGAGGAAGGAAUGGGUUUUACAUACCAGAUGUUGCAAUUCCAAGAAGAGCGGCUGUGGGGAGUGGCCACUGUCUUGACACCACUGGAAACUAUAAUACAAGAAACCAUUGACUACACUCGCCAGCGGAAAGUGUUUGGUCAGUCCGUGCUGCAGAACCAGGCUGUACACUUCCGCCUGGCAGAGCUGGCAACCGAAGUGGAGCUGCUUCGCUCGCUGCUGUACCGUACCAUUGCUCUCUACGUGGAAGGCAAUGAUGUGACCAAAUUUGCUUCCAUGGCUAAGCUAAAGGCAGGUCGCCUGGCCCGUGAAGUCACUGACAGCUGCCUCCAGUUUUGGGGAGGAAUGGGAUUCACCAGUGAGGUUCUGGUGAGCAGAUUUUACAGCAAAUGGAGCAGCUAAACUCUCUGUUCUUGAGUGUGCCUUUCUGCAGUGACCACCCUGCCAUCAAUGGCAGAGUAGCAGAACACAGUAGGAGUUACUCUUUCUGCCUUUAAGAGCAUUUUAUGAACACGGAAUGCCUUUGUGGUAAAUCAGAGACUUUUUCAACUUGUGGAUUCCUGAAAGGUACAGUCUGCUGUAUGGUGGUGAUUUCAAGCCAGUUGUCAGUAGGAAGUUUUUUCUUAUUUGCCUUUGUCAUCACCUCUUUAUUAGUAGCAAGUGGUCCUCAGUGAAGCAGAUGCUGAAAGCUACUGUGGUAGGCACUUUGAAUAUAAUGAAUGCUUGUCUCAAAGCACUUGCCACCAAUGUAGUCAUGUAUAGAUACUAAGUCACGUAUGUUUGUAUGGCUUUGACUUGUCUUUUGAUUUCCUACCCCAGGCAGGUUUUUUCCAUGUGAAUUGCAGAACAGUUUCUAAGCACCUCAGUACAGUCACAUUUUCCCUGAGAAGAAAUCCAGACUAUUUCUUAUUAGUAUCAACUGUGUCUGCUGGCUAAAGGAAUGUAUCUUCCUGCUUCUAAAAAAAAAAACACUUAUAAAUAAGGCCAAAAGUAGUGUGAUACUUACACCCUAACAUUUUCUGUGAAUCAGUAAAAUUCCCUCAUUGAGUAACCGUAAGCACCAGGGAGAAGUAGAGUAUUACCUAAAUAAACAAUUACAGGUUCAAGUUAGAAUCCUGUUAAUCUGUAACGAUAAGCAAAGCAGCAACUUUCCUAAAGCCGUUGUGUUUUUUGUACAGCAGUCUGAGUAACCACUCACGUCACUGUGAUAUUUGUAAAGUAGCACGCAGGGCUUACAAUAACUGCACAGCAUGACAGCCUGUCAUAAUGUACAAGGAUUUUUCUGCACAAUACUAACUAAAGUUCCAAGGAAAUGUUAGUCUCUAACACAUCAGGCUGUUAAUCCUCAAAUAGUGCACAGCAUAAUGCAGGGUUAGUGCAUUAAGUCUUUGAAUUUUGGUCAUUGGUGUUACUGGGGAGAUACUAAACAGACCCAGCACAACAGCCUGCCUAAAGGCUUUAUUCGCAGCUGUCAGUUUUACUAGCUAAUAGUUUGCAGAUCAAGUGUCUUUUCUAAAGUAUUGUAUUCUCUAAAAGGCAUAGCUGAAGGUACCUCUUUAACCAUGUAGGAGCCUAUACUGGGCUGAUUUAAUAUACUUAAAUGUUUCAUUUUCAGUUGUAGGGAUUCUGAGAAGGAGAAUGACUUGGAAAAGAUGGAACUGAGCCCAAAGACCAAAAGUUUAAUAGAAACACAUAAAUUAGAAAAUGAAGCCUAGGAUCUCCACUCUUCAGCUUACUAGUAUGAUUCUGGAGAAGAGAGACAGACUGGAGUUGUGUUUGUCUGCUUUUCUCUCUCUGACAUCAAAUGCCUCAAAGAUCCCAUGACUUAGGAAAAAUCAGUUAUUGAACAAAGUUCCCAUCUAUAUGAAAGCCCAGGCUGAGAUAGACCAGAGAGAGGGAAAAAUUCAGAAGCAAAUCUGUUGCAAGUUUUCAGAUUUCAUAACUUCUUCUACAAAAAUUCAGUUAGUGAAUAUUCCAGUAGUAAUUGAAUCAUAGAACUGUAGAAUGGCCAGAGUUGAAAGGGGCCUUAAUGAUCAUCAAGUUUCCACCCCCCUGCUACACGCAGGGUCAUCAACCACUAGACCAGGUUGUCCAGAGCCACAUCCAGCCUGGCCUUGACUGCCUCUAGGGAUGGGGCAUCCACAGCCUCCUUGGGCAACCUGUUCCAGUGCGUCACCACCCUGUAUAACUUCAAACACUUCUGCUAAAGUGGGAAAAGCUUGUUGACUUUAAAAAAGUGGGGAUUUUUGUUUGUUUGUUUGUUUUUUCCCCACCCUUAAUGAGUCUGUGAUUGUAUUAUAAUUUUAAAGUAUUAAACAAUGUCUGCAGUGGC